AUGGGCUUCGCAUCCAACAUCGUCAUCGGCACCGCAGCCUUCCUUCUGGGCAUGGUCUUUGUCUGCCAGGUGGUGGACAUCGGCCUGCUCUACCUCCCCCUGACGAACGAGGCGAUCCAGGCAGGCUACGAGUUCUACGAGAUGUGGUACGAGGCUCCGGGGGCUGUCAAGGCCCUCUUCCAUGUCGCCCUGGCUAUUCCCAUGCUCACGCUCAUUAUCAAGCUCAACAAGUGGUCGGAGAGCGCAAAGUUCUUUGACGGCUCGGCGCUUGUCAUGAUGACCGCCUGUGUGGUCCUCUACCUCUCGGUCCACAUCCAGUCGCUGCGCACCUUCCUUCCGGACGCCAAGUCGACCUGGAGUAUCAUCCCUGCCCCCCCUGUUCUCGAGAAGGCCGCCACCGAGACGGAGAAGAUCGAGGCCCUGCGCGUGCUGUCUGCCGGCAACGCGCUCGUCGGCCUGCUCCUCGUGGGCGUUAUCGGGAUGCAGAUCGGCCAGGAGUACGCGCACUACGUCGAGGCCAAGGAGCAGAAGGCGCUCGACGAGGCUGCCGCACGCAGCGACGCCGACUCCAAGAAGAACAUCUAA